CGUUUUGCUCGCCAUGGCAUGGCAUGGCCACUUCUUGAUCGAGCUCUUUCCAAGUCUCUGUCUGUCAUGUCAGAAUCUCAGUGUGAGUGUGAGGUGUGUCUGCUGCUGUUGCAUUUGCAUAUAUCAUGCAUUCAUUCAUGCAUGGAUAGAUGCUUCAGAUUGCUCUCUGCAUCAGUGCUUCUUUUUCUUUUUCUUUUCUUGGUUUGGUUUGGUUUGGUUAAUUUGUUUGCUUAUUCAAUUGAUCUAUCACCCGUUUGUUUCUGGACUUCAGGUUUCUCUGGUUUCAGAGCUGCUUUUGUGGUUGUUUUGUUGUGCUUUGAAUUUAUAUAUACUUACAUACGAGACUGGAAAUAAUUUUGCUGAUUCCAGUGGAUUCACUUACAGCUUUGAUAUUGCAAAUGCUUCCAAGUAAGACUCUCUCUAAACAAAACUAAAUAACUGUAGUAAAUGUUUCUAAAAUAAAAUAAAAACUAAAUAGAUGUAUGUAAGACUUUGUGUCGUUAUCUGCUCAAGUUUUUGUCUUGUUUGUCCGUUAUCAGAAUACUGUAUCUUCCCUGUUUUGUAUGGUACAGUACACAACAAGCGUAAGGAAACUGCCAUGAAUUUAAAUUGAUGGCCACAGUACACAGGGCCAUAUACUUGACAGUGAUUUUAUUACAAAAAAAAACAAAUCACUUUUAAAGAUUUUGAGUCGGAAUUUUUUUUGGAAGACCGAAAGUAUGACAAAAAUGGAGCUUUGGCUCUCACAGGAACCCCAAACAUUUGAUACUCGUAAAAAAAAGGGUUAAAUUUGCAUUUUAAAAUAUGUUAGGUGUUAAAACAAUAACCCUUUUUUUUAAGUGCGAGAAGGACACACACUCAAAGCUUGUGUGUCCUAAAAACGCUCCAAAACAUAAGACCUUGCAAAACAUGGCACACACGUCUGAUUUUUUCCACCAAACAAGCACACUUGUAUAUAAAUUUUGGUAGAUAGGCAGAUUUACAUAAAUCUAAGGAUCGGAUAUGUGCGUGAGGAAUAAGAUGAAGGCAAUGAUGUUUCUAGAGCAUAAAUCAAUUAACAACGAUGGCACGUUAGUGAAUAAAUGAGUAACGGUUUUGCUAGCUAUUUGUGGAUUAUCUAAACGUGGUCAAAAUACAAAAUUGUAGCUUUCAAAUAACUUUAUUAACUUUUAGCUUGCUCUCUUGGGUUUAGCUAGCUAUAUGCAUGUGUUUUUAUGUUGCUAUUGAUUAUAGGGAAAAUUGCAAAAACCAUCUCAUAAGUCAAUUGAAGUUUGACAUUUUACCCAAUAAAUCACUUUGUUGCAAAUACUUACUCAUCUAUUUGUUGCAAAACCACAUGUUUUCAUAAAGUGUGAGCCGUCAAUGUAUUCUUUACCAAAAUUAAAUAUUUUCAUAGUAUAGUCUUGACACUUUUUUUUUGAGAUUCCACAAAUAGAAUUGCUGAUGAGAGCUUAAAUGUUGAUGCAUUGAGUUUCUCUAUAUGAACAAAAAAAAGUUCAAUCAAACAUGAAAAAUAAGUGUAAUGCAAGCACUUGGAGAAGAUUGAUUUCGCUAACUUAGCAUGUGGUGACUCUACAUCAGCGAUAAUGGGCCAAUUUGGUUAAGCACGUGCGCACUGGGUGGUUUUUGCAAUAAAACUGAGUAGGUGAUGGGUAUUAGCAAUAAAAUAACUUAUGGGAUGAAAUGUUAAAAUUCAAGUGACUUAUGGGGUGGUUUUUGUAAUUUUCCCUAUAGUCUCUUUGUUUUACUAGCGAACCAACCGUUCGUUGUUACAGGAAUUAGAAAAAUCGCAUUGGCAUAUUACAAGGAAGAAAUCUAUUUUUUAAUUUUAGAAUUAAAUUUGAGUUUUAUUUAUCUUUUUGUGUUUUAGCCAUAAAAAUAUUUCUAGCGGACUACGUUGACUUCCUGUCACUAAAUAAAUGCUCCUCCCUUCAAAACGUUGCAUCAUAGAUAAUCUAUGAAUUCUACCAUAUAUGCGUUUUGUUUGAGGAGGGGCACUGAUUUCACAUAUGUUUUGGAGGUUAAUGGUGGGUGGUGAAAGAUGCACCACCGCUCCCUUUUAUAAGAAUAUAGAUACUGAUCACAGACAUGACGCCACGUCAUCAACCACUAGGAUGACGAUCGUCCACCGGCACGGCCCGUGCUCGCCGCUAGCCGCCGCGCACGGCGAGCCGCCGUCCCACGGCGAGAUCCUCGCCGCCGACCAGAGCCGCGCCGAGUCGAUCCAACACCGGGUGUCCACCACCACCACCGGCCGGGUGAAUCCAAAGCGCAGACGCCACCGGCAGCAGCAGCCGCCGUCGGCGCCGGCGCCGGCGGCGUCGCUGUCGUCGUCCACCGCGUCGCUCCCGGCGUCGCCGGGGCGCGCGCUGGGCACAGGCAACUACGUGGUGACCGUGGGCCUCGGCACGCCGGCGUCGCGGUACACGGUGGUGUUCGACACCGGCAGCGACACGACGUGGGUGCAGUGCCAGCCGUGCGUGGUGGCGUGCUACGAGCAGCGGGAGAAGCUGUUCGACCCGGCGAGCUCGUCCACCUACGCCAACGUCUCCUGCGCCGCGCCGGCCUGCUCCGACCUCGACGUCAGCGGCUGCUCCGGCGGCCACUGCCUCUACGGCGUCCAGUACGGCGACGGCUCGUACUCCAUUGGCUUCUUCGCCAUGGACACCCUCACCCUCUCCUCCUACGACGCCGUCAAGGGGUUCCGGUUCGGCUGCGGCGAGAGGAACGACGGCUUGUUCGGCGAGGCGGCGGGGCUCCUCGGCCUCGGCCGCGGCAAGACGUCGCUGCCGGUGCAGACGUACGGCAAGUACGGCGGCGUGUUCGCGCACUGCCUCCCGGCGAGGUCGACCGGCACGGGGUACCUCGACUUCGGCGCGGGCUCGCCGCCGGCGACGACGACGACGCCGAUGCUGACGGGCAACGGGCCGACGUUCUACUACGUCGGCAUGACGGGCAUCCGCGUCGGCGGGCGGCUGCUGCCCAUCGCGCCGUCGGUGUUCGCCGCCGCCGGCACGAUCGUCGACUCCGGCACGGUGAUCACGCGCCUCCCGCCGGCGGCGUACUCGUCGCUCCGCUCCGCGUUCGCCGCCGCCAUGGCGGCGCGCGGGUACAGGAAGGCGGCGGCGGUGUCGCUGCUGGACACGUGCUACGACUUCACCGGGAUGAGCCAGGUGGCGAUCCCGACGGUGUCGCUGCUGUUCCAGGGCGGCGCGGCGCUGGACGUCGACGCGUCGGGGAUCAUGUACACGGUGAGCGCGUCGCAGGUGUGCCUCGCGUUCGCCGGCAACGAGGACGGCGGCGACGUCGGCAUCGUCGGGAACACGCAGCUCAAGACGUUCGGCGUCGCCUACGACAUCGGGAAGAAGGUGGUCGGCUUCUCCCCCGGAGCUUGCUGAUGAAAUGUGCCACGCGUCACCCCCAGCAAACGUACACGUCAGCACGCAGAAUGAAUUAACUGUCUGCACUCUGCAGUGUAAUGCUGCAAUCCACCAGGUGGUCAGCGACUGGUUUUAUUACCAUGAUUUCUGAAGAUAUAUAAUCAUAUGAUUACAAAUAUGCUAAUAUUAUUUUCUCUUCUUACAUUUAUGAUUUGCUUGAAAGAAGGGAAAAGCGAAGAUUGAUAGAAAAAAAAUAUGUAAAACAAAAUGAGCUAUUGGCGCAUGAUUAAUUGAGUAUUAAUUAUUUUAAAUUUAAAAAAUAGAUUAAUAUGAUUUUUAAAG